UUUAGAAUUUCUGAUAUCCCAGUUGCUGUAUUUGGCUCAAGAGCUUAUCUAGAGGAAAAAGCUUUAACUACAGUUACGUGUGGGCCUCUUCAUUCUUUGUUUUAUUGUUGUCAUACGCAUUGGUCAUCUUGGUUGAAUAACUUCAAGAAUUAUUAUACUUUGACACGCUGAAAUAUUUUGACACGGUGGUGGUUCCACAUUCUGUGAAUGUAAUGAAGGGUGAAUUUGUCUUUUACUUGCUAAAUGAAACGCUUUUCUUCAAUAGAGUCUGUCUCUCUCAUUUCACUUUGCUGUGGUUGAUUUCAUUUUUGGAUUUCACUUUACUAUCCCUAAUUUCACUUUGAGAGCGUUUCAUUUUCGAAGAGGAAGUGUUCGUGCGGUGGGGCUGAUAGAGAACGCGAGAAAACAGAGGAAGUGUUCGUGCUAUGCUAGGGUUGGAGACUGUUGGUGUUGUAGUAGGGUUGGGGCUGAUAGAAAACGCUUCUUCUCGAAGAGCAACUGUUCGUGCUGUGCUAGGGUUGGGGCUGAUAAAGAACGCUUCUUCUUCGUGGAUAUUUAUAUCAUGUUGUGUGCUGACCACGGUCCUUGUGUCUCUGGUGCUCACAAUUCUAUAGUAACAGCAAGGGCUGGAAAAGACCUUGUCUCCUGUCUUGUAUCGGGCUUGCUUACAAUUGGUCCUCGAUUUGGGGGUGCCAAUGAUGAUGCUGUUUGGUAUUCUAAGGAUGCUUAUGACAGGUAUGAAAAAGAAGGGCAUCCGUGUUCCUGGAAUAGGGCACAGAAUAGGGAUAAUAAAGAUAAGAGAGUGGAGCUGCUACAAAAGUUUGCACUCACAUUUUCCAUCUGUGGAAAUACAUGGAGUAUGCUGUUGAAGUUGAAAACUACACCCUCACCAAGGCAAAUAAUCGUUUUAAAUGUCGAUGGUGCAAUUGGGUCGCUUUUCUUGGAUCUCCUAGCUGGUAGCGGAAUGUUCACCAAAGAAGAGGUUGACGAAAUUGUGGGGAUUGGCUAUCUAUAUGAGCUUUUUGUUUUGGCACGCUCCAUUGGUCUGAUAGGGCAUACCUUUGACCAAAAGAGAUUGAAACGGCCAUCCACGGGAAGAUGUUCUGUACACAAAAAUGAGGGGUUUUGUAUUGCUGAAAGAACUUUGUUAUGCUUCACAUAAACUGUUUUUCGGGAAAUCAUGCAUUAUUAAUGUUGGAAUGGUUUUGUUUUUUAGUUGUUAGGCUAGUGUGUAUGGGAGGCUUAUUGGUAUCUAGCUGUUUAUAAGUUGUAUUAAAAAUUAAUUUAAGAAAUAACUUAGUUAAAUUAAAAUUAUUCUUCUUGCUCUUGAUGAA